GAGGAGCAGGAAGUGACAACUACGCGGCUGGUGCGCCAUCGAUUCUGGGCACGCUCCAAAACAUCACUCCUCCACUAAUCAUUGACUUCACGUUGUCAACCGAGGUCACGCCAGAUGACCUCGGGCCGGCGAGGUCACCAGCUGGCUGUCGCCAUGGUAAACACUGCACUGUUGCCGGAAGUGAGAGACAAAGAGGAGGAUCUUCCUGUGACUCUUCCGUGUGGCUAAAGUUUCAACUAUGAAAUGGCAGCAGUAAACGUUAAACCCUGGCGCUCCUCUACAGCUGCACUCGUCUCUUUUGUUUUUACGUCCAGGGAGUGAGCGAAGGACUUGGCGCUUCCACCUGUGAUCAGCAGGUGUUCCCUGGAGGGAUACGCUGUAGAGAGUGACCUCCCUGGGUGAUGGAAACCAUCUGGGUCUGGAGCUGCAGCAGGAGGAGGCCCAGACCCAGAACGCAGAGGCUGGACAACAGCUCAGUGAAAACACAUUCUGAGAUGCCUCACAAGUUUGCAGCCUUUGCUUGCCGCCCAGCGGCUGUGCGUCCUUCCAGACCAAAUCAAAACUCUCGACUCUGACAAGCUUAACAAUCUGGAACUGUGGAAUCUUCCAGGCUUCUGCGGGCACCUGAAUGCAUCAUAAAUCUCCAACCGUCAAAUGUCAUGGAGAGCAAGACACCCGAAGCAAUUUGCUUUGUGAGCUCAGUCAUCCAGAGACUCGGAGUAGAGCCAGACAGGAAGUGGCUAUUGAGAGGGUCGAAUGGUCGGGCUGGACUGCACCGGUGGACUCACCUCAGAACCAAACAGGCCUUAUAUCGUCGUCCUCUGAUCCGACUCUCUCUCUCUCCGACCAGCGUCCCUCUCAUUCCACCUUCAGGGCCACGAGAUUAAAGCUGUCGAGACAAAACAAGUGCUGUUUUCAAGUAUUCCUCUGAUAACCAUCGGCCUUCGGCGGCCUCCACAGUUUUCUACUUCUCCUCACACGUUCCCGAAGGCAUCGCCAGCUGCACGUCUCUGUUCUCAGCUCUGUCCCGGUUGGACGUAGAUAAAGCUUCUGCCGCUCUUUUAGAGACGCGGAGGUUUGUGGGUCCCGCUGCAGAAAGCACGACGACUGGCGAGGGAAAUGGGGGACUGGCAGCUUCUGGGCCGCCUGCUGGACAAAGUGCAGACCCACUCCACCGUGGUGGGAAAGGUCUGGCUCACCGUUCUCUUCGUGUUCCGGAUCCUAAUCCUGAGCACCGGCGCAGAAAAGGUUUGGGGCGACGAGCAGUCCAACUUCAUGUGCAACACCAAGCAGCCCGGCUGUGAAAACGUCUGCUACGACGUCGCCUUCCCCAUCUCUCAUGUUCGCUUUUGGACGCUUCAGAUCAUCGCCGUGGCAACGCCCAAGCUGCUCUACCUGGGCCACGUCCUCCACGUGCUCCACACGGAGAAGAAGAUGAAGGAGAGGCUGCAGAGUCAGAGGGAACUGGACGAUCAGGCCACUCUCUUCCUCAGACGGGCCUACAAAGUCCCCAAGUACACCAAGCUCAGCGGCAGGAUCAGCAUCCGGGGUCGCCUGCUGCGCAGCUACGUCUUCCAUCUGCUGGCCAUGAUGGUGAUCGAGGCCGUCUUCAUCUUCGGCCAGUACUGGCUGUACGGGCUGCACCUGGACCCCCGCUACGCCUGCAGCCGCUUCCCCUGCCCUCACGUGGUGGACUGCUUCCUGUCCAGGCCCACCGAGAAGUCCAUCCUCACCUGGUUCAUGCUGGCCAUGGCGCUUUUCUCGCUGGCGCUGAACGUGAUCGAGAUGCUGUACCUGUGCGUGAAGGCGGUGAAGGAGUGCAUGGCGAGGAGGCAGGACUACACCGUCACCCCGGUCACCCCCCCACCCUCUGAGAGGAAGGUCUUUAAAAGCCAGGAGGACCCGGUGAGCCAGAACUGCGUCAACCUGGAGCUGGAGCUGCAGGGCCGGAAGUUAGGGCUGAACGGCGUGGCCAACGGGGGGAGCAAGGUGGAGCCGCUGGACGAGGUCCACAUCUGAGGCCACCGGUGGCAGCUUCUGCACACAAACGUGCUCACAGCAAACACUCGCCAGCCGCUGUUCUGCUGGGGCCACACCAUUUCUACAGCUGUCCAAUAAAGAUUUGGGUGACAGAAGAAAUGCGGUGUGUUCACGUGUCAUAAUUCAUAUCCUCACUUUGAUGAUUGAUUGCUUCUAUAUAAAAUACAUGGAUCAUUUGCCUUUGAAUUUCCUGGAUGUCACGACUA